GUGCCGAAAGAAUAUUCAAAGUCCAAGCAUAGCAUUUGUGUGGCUUAUAAUAGACGAUACGAACGUAAUUAUAAGCCCACUCGCUUAAUGCUUCGAUAUCCCAAUAUCCCUAACCAAAUCGCGUCAGUGUAGACGCAUCUAUUGUACGAAUGGAUGCGUUGUAAGCUCGUCUCGUAUGUGACGUUUGCUUCUAAUGCCCGAACCUUCCCCAACACCCAUCCUUAGCGCAGUCUACGCGCCAUUGCACAGGAGUACAGCAGAUCAACACAACACACAGUUACACAGCGGCGUUGCUGCGCUUAAAAUGUUGCGGAACCUUAUCGAACAAAGUCGGUUCCUCCGUGUGAAGUAAUGGCUGAAAAUCAAUCCAUAAAAAAGGAGGACCCUUACUGGCGGCGGCUAGUGCUGAGAUGGGUAAAGUGUGCAGAGCUGAACCCUGGUCAGGAUUGCAUUGCGUUGGCUCGGUGCUACGACACCUUCCGCAGCAAAGUCAAGGGAUCGUACGAGCUGCGGGAAGGCACUGUCGUUGAAUUUCUACGUGAAAAGUUUCCACACUUUGAGCUGAAGCUGAACAGGGACAAUGAGAUCCCCGACAGUGACUCUGUUUACGUGUUUUCGCUGAUGCUUUACUUUUCCUGCGUAGCACACUCCAUUCCGUACUUCCAAAACAUUGGUCUUGCAUUUGAGGAACCAUUCCAGCACAGCAUAAAAGCAUUUCUGAACUCCUUCGUUCCUGAGAAUGAAAGGAAAAUCAUCAUCAACCGAUCGUUUCUGGAUAAAGCGUUUCUGAACGCGAAGCGAUCGGUGAAUGUUUUACGCGAUCAAAGCUCCUGUGGCAACAUAAUGAACAUCCACAGCCAAAGCAACGGAGACAAACUGGCACAAAGUAAGCCGUGCGGUGGUAACCAAGAGACCGUCGAGAGAAACCCAUCCCCAACCAAAGCGAACGGGCGGACGGCACUGGAAUGGAAGGUGAAGAAUCUAAGCAACCAGCUGGACGCUACCCGUGUGGAAAACAGUAACCAGGAAAAGCAAAUCGAACAGCUGCUGCGCAAUGUGCAGGAGCUGCAGCGGGACAGGAAGCGCGCCCAGGCCAAAAUCGCCGCACUGCAGCAGAAGGAACAACCGUGCAAGUGUGCGACCAGCACGGCGGAACACGCGCAUCGCAUCAACCGCGUGACGGAACAGCUGCAGAAGCAGCUCGAAUCGAAGAGCAACUGCAUCGAGCUGUUGCAGGACGAGAUCGCCAAGUCGAAGGACUCGGCCAGCAAGGAGCUGGAGCGCUGCAAGGCAGUGAAAAAACAGUGCGCCUCGCUGAAGGAAGACAACCAGCUGCUGCACAUGACGGUGGAAGCGCUGCAGGAGGAGCUGGCGCUGAAGGACGGCAUCAACCAGAACCUGACGGAAGCGGUGGCCGAUUUGCGGCGUUUCAUUCGUGAAAACCGUAUCCACGGUGCUGCUGGCGGGAUGGAUUCCUUCGAGAGUUCGUGUGAAUUUUCCGAAAAGUCCUUCCGGCUCGCUACACCGGACGAGAGUGUGUGUAGCGAUUCGCAGAAUCUCGCCGCAACGGUGGUCGAUAUCAAGCUGAAGGAGAAGGAGCUCGAGAAUGAGGCACUGGAGAAAAAGGUACAGGAGUUGGAGGAUACGUUGAAAGAACUAUAUAAAGCACAGGCCGACAAACAGGUCCAUGAGGGGAUAGUAAAUGAGCAGCUCGCGGAACUUCGUAAAUCGUUGACAGAGACGGAAACAUCCCGCUCGACACUCGCCGACAGUCUCGAGCGGGAAAAGGCCCGAACGGAGGAGCUAACCCGCCAGACGGAAGAGUGGAAAGGCCAGCAAAAGCGUGGAGCGGCGGAGCUGGAACGACUGAGCGCGCUGUACGAAAAGAAGCAGUGUCAGUACGAGCAGAGUCAGCACGACUGUGAUAAGCUGUGGGUGAAGUUGUACAAGGCUCGUUCGUUGCUGGAGGAAAACGAAAAACACUGGACCCAGGAACGGACGAGUCUGGGGAAGCUGUUCGAAGAUUCGAUGCAUGUGUUGGAGGUGAAGCUUCACAAAGCGAAGGUUGAGUGUCAGAGCCAAACGGAAGAGAUUGCAGAUCGUAUGAAAAAGGAACAAGAAGAAAUUACAGCAAAAUUAGAAUCAGACAAGGACGGACUGCGGUUGAAACUUGAGGACUAUCAAAAACAUAUUGAAGAAUUGGAAACACAAUGCACUACGUUGGAAAAGGACCUGAAAGAGAGUUUGAAGGAGAAUCAACUGAUGCAGAACGAACUAAAAACGGCAAAGGAAGUGUCCAGUGCUCGAAAAUCGACGAUUGCGCAAUCUACUCAAACCAACAUGGGUACCAAACUCAACUUCAAUAGUGACAAACUGUUUAAUAACAUUGAGCCGGAAAAGAACACCAAUAAACGCUCUGUAUCUUCUGAACCUGUGGCGCUCGUUUCCGAUGUUUCUAAGUCACAAGACACAAGCGGGAAAUGCACCACCAAAGCAACAAGACGCGCACAACAACCGGUAGAUGACUCUACCAAGAAGAUCUCGGGACGUGUUGGAGGUCGUAAAGACCAUCAGCGCAAGGUGUUGUUCGAUUCCAAUAGGAAUCUCAUAAACAGUCCUCCGUGUCAACAGGAUACAGUUGGAGUAAAGAAUGAACGGAUGAGUUCUAAUAAGGAAUCCACUUCAAAAUCGAUCGUGAUGCCCCAAAGGAGAUCAGUCGAUAAGCUGGAGCUGGUUCGCGCGAUAGCACCCAUCAACACUACACCAAAACCAACACUAACAACUGUUAGCACAACAACCACAACUUUGACCACGGCCAGUACCGCUGAUCCAUCGACUUCACCCGUCGUUAGGGACUACCGGUUCAGCCAGCCUUAUGGCAACAAUCGGUACAACAUUCUGCGCAUGCAGGUUCAAAGCCGCACCAAACGGCGCCAGCUGUGUGAUCAGACGCGACGACUAAGCGCCAAAGGUAGAUCUAAUUCCCUUUCGACGUCGAUCGGUUCACCCGGGGCCGUACUGUCACCUCUCAGGGAUUUCAGUAACGACCCAGAGAGCUGCAGUGAUAUGACGCUGUAUCUCAGCUUUACCAACGAACCGGACUAUGACGAUCGGCAGGAAGAGCGUGCACGAUCGUCCAACACAUCACUGUUUCUCAUACUGAUCGCUUACGUUGGCAUGCUGGCACAGAUAUUUUUCUUCUUCGGUGGGCUUGCCAUCCGGUCGAAACGGUUGAAGAGCGGUCGGACUUAACGAUAGAGUGAUAGUGUAGUUAUUUAUUUAGUUUUACUAUUAUAUCCCUUUAAGUAGGACAGCUCCAGAUUGAUUUAACACCUUUAUUAUACUUUCUUUACGUUAACAUUCAUUUGGGUGCAAGAUGUGUAACUGAU